AAAAAUACAAAGAAAAAAUCUAUUUUUUGUAAAGCUGAAACAAACAGCCCCAUAAACAUGCGAUUGAUUCUCUAGAAUUAGUAGGUCAUAAAAUUGGAUACCAAGAUUUAAAAUAAAUCUCUCUUAUAAAUUAGUUUUUAAAAGGUUUUGCUGUGUACAAAGAUAUUAACUAUAAAAUUAUAUAAGGUUAAAUAUAUGUGCAAUUCUCCUAGAUAUCUCAACAUUUAUUUUUAGUUCCUCAAAAUAUUUCUUUAAAAGUAUGAUUCCUCUAAUAUUUUCCAAUUUUGAUAUUAAAAUAUAAAUUCCCCUUCAUUUGAAAUACUUGGGCCCAGCAACAAUGUUGCUGCCUGUGCCAAGCACUAUGUGGGAGAUGGUGGCACAAACAAGGGUAUCAAUGAGAACAAUACUUUGAUAAGCUUCAAAGGAUUGCUUGAAAUUCACAUGCUGGCGUAUUUUGAUUCUGUUAUCAAAGGUGUUUCAAUAGUUAUGAUCUCUUACAGUAGCUGGAAUGGGAAAAAGAUGCACGCUAACCGGGAUCUUGUCACUGGUUUCCUCAAGAACAAACUGCGGUUCAGGGGUUUUGUCAUAUCAGAUUUUCAGGGUAUUGACCGAAUUACAUCUCCUCCUCAUGCUAACUAUUCAUACUCUGUUCAAGCAGGUGUUAGUGCUGGAAUUGAUAUGAUUAUGGUUCCCUUUAACUUUCCUGAGUUCAUUGAUGACCUGACCUAUCAAGUAAAGAACAAUAUUAUCCCAGUGAGCAGGAUUAAUGAUGCUGUCGCAAGAAUCUUAAGAGUGAAAUUUACCACGGGCCUUUUUGAAAAUCCACUUGCUGAUCUAAGCCUCGCAAACCAAUUGGGUAGCAAGGUACAUUUUCUUAUGAAUAUCAUUUGAACAUGUGUUGAAUUUCUUUCAAAUGAAAAGAGUUUGUUUUAUU